AUGACUUCUGUUGCCGUUGGCCCCACUCAGCAGGGCUCCGGCGAGCUUAAAGAUUUCAAGGUCUCUGGAGAAGCGCCAUACUACGCCGAAGAACGAGAGGGAUGGAAGGGAUAUAUCGAGUGGGAGAAAUACCCAGAGAAGAAAAAGCACGCUGAGAAGAUUCUCGCCAAUUACAAGUUCCCUCCACCUCCAGAAUUUCAGCUUGUGCCUCUGCCCGAUCAAAAUCCUAUCCUGGAAGGUGUAAGAUGGAAGCAAUAUCACUAUGCUAUGGGAGAGACUCUCAAGGAUAUCCCAGAUAUCAGCUGGAAGUACGUCAAGCAGGAAAAGAGUGAGGACAUGAUUCAUGUCUUGCAAUUUCCCUACAACGGAGAGCCUCCUAGGGACCGUCUGGUAGAGACUGAGAUUACCAGCAACAAGGACCAUUUCAUCCGCAACCACGGAGGUGUCCCCGAAAUUGACGCUGGGCAAUAUACCCUGGACAUUGAAGGCCUAGUAAACGACCCCAAGAGACUCACACUCGCAGACCUGCAAAACGAAGAACUGUUCCCUCGCCAAAGUAACGUCGUCAGUUUGCAAUGCUCUGGAACCCGCCGUAUCGAGCAGAUUCACGAAUACCCUGGCGAUGGUGAUGAAUUGAUCAACGCACCAUGGGGUGAAGGUGCUAUUGGAACAGCACGAUGGACAGGUGUCAGUUUGAAGAAGGUUAUCAAGUACUGUGGUGGCCUCAAAGAUGGUGGCGAAGGCAUUCAUCUUGAGUUCUACGGUGCUGAUACCUACUUCAAGAAGGGUAAGGUGUAUAACUAUGUGGUCAGUGUGCCCUGGAGAAAGGUCAAGAUCAACGAGGUUUUGCUCGCAUGGGAGAUGAACGGCGAGCCUUUGCCAAAAAUCCACGGUUUCCCUCUUCGUACCGUCGUGUUCGGAUACAUUGGAGCCAGAAGUUGCAAAUGGCUCUACAAGAUCAAAGCCAUCAGAGGCCCUAGUCUUGCUCCCGUUCAAGCGAAGGAAUACCUCUACUACACACCCCAAGUCGGCAAGCAAAACGCCAUGUACAGCAACGGUUUCAGCAUCCAAGACAUGCCCGUCUCCUCGGCCAUCAUGACUCCCGUCAACAUGGCCCAAAUCAUCCACGACGGCAAGAUCAAGAUGCGCGGUUGGGCCUACUCAGGCGGUGGCCAUUGGCCCGUCCGCGUCGAGGUCUCUGGCGACGGCGGCAGUAUCUGGUAUGAAGUGCCCUACGAGAAAAUGAGUACAAAGUAUUACUAUGCUUGGAGGCUUUGGGAGAUUGAUCUUCCAGUUGAUGCAGAAGGGUGGUUGGAGUUGUGUGUCAGGACUUGGGACAAUGCCAUGAAUACCCAACCUACCUAUGUGCGCUCGGCUUGGAACUGGGACUUGCACGUUACUUCGAGUUGUCACCGUGUCAAGAUCUACAGCAUCAACAAGAGCAGACCUCUUACAGCUCAGAGACUGAAGCUUCUUGAGGAGAAGGGUGUUCCUAUGGUGCCUAUCACUCACCCCAUGGAGUUUGACCUCGAGUCUGAGGAUCACUAUCUGGAUGAGAUGAGAAAGCAAGGUGGUCGUGAACCCCAGGAGUAA